CUUUGCUGCAACUAUUCUGCUUGUUGCGACCAAACAGCUGCAGGUUUUAAGUGCAUCAAACUUCACUCAGACAAGUUGCAGGAGGUGUGAAUAUAAAGAUGUCGGCAGUCUUGGUGGUGCACGGCGGAGCCUGGGCCAUACCCAAUGACCUGGCCCAGGCUUCUGUGGAAGGAGUGAAAGCUGCGGCUUGUGGAGGGUUUGCGGUGCUGAAAGCAGGAGGAAGCGCACUGGAUGCAGUUGAGGCAGCUGUGAUGGGGUUGGAAGAUAACGGUGUGUUCAAUGCAGGACACGGUGCUGCAUUGAAUACUGAUGGAGAAGUGGAGCUGGACUCCAUAAUCAUGGAUGGAAGGACUCUUGGAUGUGGUGCGGUAUCUUCAGUGAAAAACAUCGCCCACCCCGUGUCACUGGCUCGGGCUGUGAUGGAAAAGACUUCCCACGUUAUGCUGACAGACAGGGGAGCAAACCUUUUCGCAGAAAGCAUCGGAGUUGCGACCGUCCCCACCGAGGCACUGGUGACUGAGCUUGAGAGGACGGAGUGGAAGAAGAACAAGACUUACAUGGCUGGAGUGGUGGAGGAUUUCAACGCUCAGUGGGCUCAUGAUACUGUUGGAGCGGUGGCUGUGGACCGUGCUGGGAAUGUUGCCUGUGCAACAUCCACUGGAGGGAUCAGGAAUAAGAUGGUUGGCAGAGUAGGAGACUCUCCAGUCAUUGGUUGUGGAGGAUAUGCCGACAAUCUGAGUGGAGCAGUUUCCUGCACCGGACACGGAGAAUCCAUCCUCAAAGUGACCUUAGCCCGACUCAUUCUUUCUCAUAUCGAACAGGGUAAAUCAGUGGCAGAAGCUUCCCAGCUGGCUCUGCAGUACAUGGGGGAUCGAGUCAAAGGAGCGGGGGGAGCUAUUGUGGUGUCUCCAUCGGGGCAGUGGUCCGCCACGUUCACCACAGAGCGAAUGGCGUGGGCUGCUGUGGAAGACGGCGUGCUGUGGUACGGACUGGAGCCAAAUGAAAGAAAGAAAGAACAGCUGUCUCAAUAAUGUGGGGUUUUUUUGUUUUUUUUUAAUCUCAUGACUUCCUAGUUUCAAUCACUGUAUGAACUAAUACUACAUGGAACUGUAUUAGAAAUAUGUUUUAUACUGAUUCACUAUGAUUUGAGAGGUGGAAGGAAAAGUGCUCACUAACAUAGGUUUAGUCCAAUUUGUGAAGUUUUUUUUUUUUUUUUUUCAUAGAAACAGGCCUUUUGUUUACAUAGAAAAAGUCUUAGACCUUUGAGUUCAGCUCAUGAAAAAUAGGAGCAAAAACAAAAGGUGUUGUAUUUUUAGUUCAGUGUAGUUCCACUUGAAACAUUUUCUUUUAUUUUGAAGUAGUAUAGAUACAUGGAAAAAUACACUUGUAAAACACGUUCAGAUUCAGUCAGUGUAUAUUUAAUGUGUUUUCAUUUGAAAUUUCAUCAUGAAAUAGAAUUUAGCUGCUUUAUCUCUGACCACAUGAAAGUAGAUUAUAUAUGAAUUAAAUAUGUACUUUGCUGGAAAUAACAUGAAAGUAGAUUCACUACAUGAAAGUGGAUUAUAUAUGAAUGAAAUAUUUACUUACAGUAAUAAAACUGUCAAUUUACACUAAUAUUCAAAGUCGUUGCUGAUUGUGAAACUUACAGCACCAAUAAAUUCA